AUGCCAUGGGCUUUGCACUCCGUGGUGAGCGCUGCCGCCGGGCAGGCUGGGCUCGCACUCGACGGCAUGCCGUCGGCUGACGCGGAGGUGCUCCAGGAGCACGGUCCGAGCUGCGGCCUCGCUGCAGUGUUUCAUGAGCCCGUCAACUGCGCGGCAGUGGAGCGCCUGAGGGCCCUCAUCACGCGCUUCGAGAAGGCACUGCUGCUGUUCGGGCUGCUCACGGACUACAAAUGCAGCAAGAAGAUGUGCAAGUUCCGGCCGAAGGCGCAGGUCCACGACGGCGACGUCAGCGCCGAGCACGCCGCAGCACUCGCCAGUCACAUGAAGGCCGACGCCGCCAGCCCGGGCGCGGAGCAGCGCGAGCCCCCGGCGGCGCCCGCGUCGAGCGCGGGGCUUGCGACGAAGUGGAGCUCAGCCAACGGAAUGCGCAAACGCGCCGGAAGCGGGGAUCCACACGCGCACCCAGGUCCGGACAACGACAGCGCCGGGGCGCAGGGCGGGGCCGCGCAGCCGGCCGCGAGCGCCGACGACGACCGCUCGACCCGGGCGUCGUCCACGCUGUCCCAGAACCGCCUGGAGCUGUUCCGCCUGCGCAACAUGCUUCCGGAGGACGAGAGCGCCACUCCCCACGCGGGGCAGAUCUGCAUGUCGCACAGGAACGUAUGGGGGUGGCUGGCGCGAGGCAAGUGGGUGCUGAUUCUCAACGCGUUGAUGUGGGCGAACCUCGCGCGCCUAAUCAUCGGCUUCACCACGCAGGGGCUCGACGAGCUGGGCCUAUCCUGGCAGUCAGCGCUCAUCAUCAGCCUAUGGGUCCCCUACUGCUGCCUGUCCAUGCUCAUCUUCGCGUUCAGGUUUGGGCCCGGUGACAUGGAGGCGGUGAUGCGGAGCACGCUCGUCACGGCGCACAACGCGGACCGCAUCCGGAAGCGCCUCGUCAAGUUCAUAUGGAUCGGCGGCGUGCUCAUCUGCCUCAACGUCCUCACGGUGCCCAUCCUGCUGCUUGUCAACUACAACGCGGACCCCAUGAGUGACGCGCUCGAGCUGGUGCGCAUGAUCACGUGUCCGCUGAUGCCGCGCUGCACGGAGACGAUGGGGAUGCUGUGGGGAUACACCAUCCUCCUCCUUCCACUCCUCUUCCUCUUCUCCGCCGUCUGGCUCCUCCCGCUCAUCGUCUUCACCCUCCUGUGCGAGGUCCUGACCAGCGAGUUCGAGGGCCUGGCCCGGAAGUUUGCGGCGCACGCGCGGUGGCGGAUCAUGGGUCUGGCGGUCAAGGGCGCGCACAACCCCUUGUGUCCGCGCACGCAGGCGGCAAAGAAGAUCACCGUGCACGACAUCAAGCUGCGGCACUCGGACCUCUCCGUGAUCGUCAACAACUUCGCCGACCAGGUCCACCCGUACGUCUGCGUCCUGUACGGGUUCACCCUGCCCCUCGGCGUGUUCCUGCUUUACCAGGUGCUGGCCUUCAGCAUCGACCUGUCGCCCGGCUCCCUCGCGGUCACGUCCUUCUGGCUCCUCGCCGGCCUCGCCAUCCUCUUCUGCGUGUCGUACACCAGCGGGCGCCUGUACGAAAGCACCAAGUCAAUCGUGCACGAGCUGCUCGACCCGCGGCUCCAGGCGCUGAUGGCGCCGCUCGGCGCGAGCCAGGACGGCGCCGCGCGGUCGCUCCAGGAGCUCAUCCUCUUCGCGGUCACGAUCCAAGAGAAGCCGUCCGGAAUCAGACUGGGAUACGUGCAAGUGACUUUCGAGGUCAUGGGCGCCAUCGCGUCCAUCCUGAUCACAUACUUCCUCGUCGUCGUCACGAUCUAG